CUAGUGAUUCUGAAGACAGGAAUUCUGAAGAUGGUGAUUCUGAAAACAGGAAUUCUAAUGACAGUAAUUCUGAUAAAAAAAAUAUACCUUUAACUAUUAUGCUUAAGAACUUAUAUAUAGCUACAACUAAAG